CAAUCGUCCGGUAGCCUUUGACCCCAUCUAUCAUUUCCCUUUAGCCUAAUUAAGUAAACUCCAUUUGAAUGCCUAACUUUGAAAUUCCAUUCAAAAGCUCCAAACUUAAUUUGUUAAAAAGCCAUUUCGCGGAGGAUUUUACGAGUCAAAAUUGCAUUCCAAUUCCACUUACUCAUGAUAUAUAUAUAUAUAUAUAGGAGCAAAUAAGUUAUGGUCUCAUGCAAAAAACAAUCAUGGAAAUGAAAAUGCAGGUUGAAAAUGAAAAAGAGAUUGGUAGUGUGUUCGAGGCCGGAAAUCUAAGCGUGAAAACUAUGAAAGUGAAGAAAUCAGAUGGUUGUCGGCCGCCGGCGGAGGUGCUGGUGGUGGCGCCGGAGGCACAAGGCAGGUACCCGCUUGUGCUCUUCUGCCAUGGUUACUGCACUCAAACUAGUUGGUAUUCUCAACUCCUCUGCCAUAUAUCUUCCCAUGGAUACAUACUUGUCGCACCUAAGUUAUACCAAUGGCUGCUGAUUUGCAAGAACGACGAGAUAAAGACGGCCGGAAACGUAGCAAACUGGGUCGCAAGAGGCGGCCUCGAGACAUGCCUACCUGAAAACGUGAAACCCGACCUCUCCAAAACCGCCGUAAUGGGCCACAGCAGAGGCGGCAGGACCGCAUUCGGCCUCGCGCUCGGCCACCGCCACCUCGCCUUCAAGGCGCUGAUCGGGCUCGACCCCGUCGAAGGCCCCGCCCCCGCGGCCUGGGUCGAGCCCCGCAUCCUCUCCUACGUCCCCAGGUCGUUUAACGCCGGGAUGCCCGUGGCCGUCGUGGGCGGCGGUUUGGGCAACCGGAGCAAGGGAGUCUUCGUCCCGCCGCUCGCCCCCGACGGAUGCAGCCACGCGGAGUUCUUCAACGAGAGCAGGCCGCCGUGCUGCUACUUCGUGGCGAAGGAUUAUGGGCACUGCGACGUGCUGGAUGAGGAGAGGGCGGGGCUGGGCGGGUUGGUGUGUCGGAGUGGGAAGGGGCCGAAGGAGAAGAUGAGGAGAGGUGUGGGAGGGGUGGUGGUGGCGUUUCUGCGUGCUUAUUUGGGGGGUGAGUGCGGGAUUCUUGAGGGCGUUGUGGCGGCGCCGGCGCUGGCUCCUGUAACUAUGGAUCCAGUUAUUUAUGUCAAGGAGUGAAGAGUUGGGAGGGAUUAGUGUUUCACUAUUUGUUGCCUUUUGUUAUUUACAAUUUCGAUUGUGUUAAGUUGUAAGGGUGUGUUAUUUUUUAUUGAUAAUUAUUUCUUAUGAAAAAAUGAGGGAUAAUAAAGGUUUCUCUUUUUAAA